UGUCGCUUUUUUUUAGUUUUAAGUGUCAGAAACAACAAACACAGCGAUUUUUUUUUUUUAUUAGAUUUUAUUAUUUUACACACCCAAUCAACACAACAGUGCACGGUGGGUGUGUUUGAGCACCGUUAAAACCGUUAAAACGGGCCCGUUUUUAAACGGGACGAGGGAGGGAUGACGCAGGAUUUUCCGAGCUGCUGCGGAGCUUUAAGUUUAACACCGGCUUACUGUUGACACAAGCAGCCGACGGCGAGACGACGGAGACGGGGAGUCACAAGACGACGACGACUUCUUCUUCUUCCCGGAGCUUCUUUUAUUUAUUUUUCAUCCACACACACACACACACAGCAUUUCAGAGGAUGGAAACCCCCGGGUACCGCACCGGGAGCUUCGACGGCCUUCAUCACCCGAGUGAUGAUGAUGAUGACGACCUGGUGGACAUCGCAGGAGCCACCCUGGACUUCUCCAGCACGGACGACGUCCCACCUCUGAGCUCAGGAGGUUAUGAGGAGUACAGCAGCAGCAGCAGCAGCAGAGCAGCCGGCAUGAACGGUAACGGCCCCACCAAACUUGUGGACCCGCUGGAGGACCCCGUGCCCGGGCUGGGCACCUACGAAGACUUCAACACCAUCGACUGGGUCAGGGAGAAGAGCAAGGACCGCGACCGACACCGAGAGAUCACCAAGAAGAGCCGACAGUCGACCGUGGCUCUGCUGCGCAGCGUCAGCGACGCCUUCUCGGGCUGGCUGCUCAUGCUGCUGGUUGGACUCAUGUCAGGCGCUCUCGCCGGCGGCAUCGACAUCGCGGCCCACUGGCUGACCGACAUGAAGGACGGCGUCUGCCUCAUCGGCUUCUGGUUCAACCACGAGCACUGCUGCUGGACGUCCAACGAGACGACGUUCCAGGAGAGGGACCGCUGUCCGCAGUGGCAGAGCUGGGGCGAGCUCAUAACGGGCACGUCAGAGGGUGCGUUUGCCUACAUAGUGAGCUACCUGAUGUACAUCUUCUGGGCUCUGCUCUUCUCUUUCCUGGCCGUCACGCUGGUCAGGGCCUUCGCUCCGUACGCUUGUGGCUCAGGAAUCCCCGAGAUUAAAACCAUCCUCAGCGGCUUCAUCAUCCGCGGUUACCUCGGGAAGUGGACCCUCAUCAUCAAGACCAUCACCCUGGUCUUAGCCGUCUCCUCCGGGCUCAGUUUAGGGAAGGAGGGCCCCCUGGUGCACGUGGCCUGCUGCUGCGCCAACAUCCUGUGUCAUCUGUUCACCAAGUACCGCAAGAACGAGGCCAAGCGGCGAGAGGUGUUGUCGGCAGCGGCGGCCGUGGGCGUGUCCGUGGCCUUCGGCGCUCCCAUCGGAGGAGUCCUGUUCAGUCUGGAGGAGGUGAGUUAUUACUUCCCCCUGAAGACGCUGUGGCGUUCGUUCUUCGCCGCCCUCGUCGCCGCCUUCACCCUGCGCUCCAUCAACCCGUUCGGGAACAGCCGCCUGGUGCUGUUCUACGUGGAGUUCCACGCGCCGUGGCAUCUGGUGGAGCUGGCCCCCUUCAUCCUGCUGGGGAUAUUCGGAGGCCUCUGGGGGGCGCUGUUCAUCAAGGCCAACAUCGCCUGGUGCAGGAGACGUAAAUCCACCCGUCUGGGUCACUACCCCGUCAUGGAGGUGCUGGUGGUGGCGGCUUUCACCGCUCUGCUCGCCUACCCCAACAGCUACACCAGGAUGAGCGGAGCCGAGCUCAUCUCCGAGCUGUUCAACGACUGCUCGCUGCUCGACUCCUCUCAGCUCUGCGGCUACAAACAGCCGGCCAACAUUUCAGAAACAAGCGUGGGUAACAGCCUGGCCGACCGGCCGGCAGGUCCCGGCCUGUACACGGCGCUGUGGCAGCUGGCUCUGGCUUUAAUCUUCAAGAUGAUGAUCACUGUGAUCACCUUUGGCAUGAAGGUUCCCUCCGGUCUCUUCAUCCCCAGCAUGGCGGUCGGAGCCAUCGCCGGCCGGCUGCUGGGCGUCGGCAUGGAGCAGCUGGCGUACUACAACCGCGACUGGGUCAUCUUCAAAGGGUGGUGCUCGCCGGGAGCGGACUGCAUCACCCCGGGGCUCUACGCCAUGGUCGGAGCCGCCGCGUGUUUAGGUGGAGUGACUCGCAUGACGGUGUCGCUGGUAGUCAUCAUGUUCGAGCUCACUGGCGGCCUGGAGUACAUCGUCCCCCUCAUGGCUGCGACCAUGACGAGCAAAUGGGUGGCAGAUGCUUUCGGGAGAGAAGGAAUAUACGAGGCUCACAUCAGGCUCAACGGAUACCCGUUCCUCGAGCCCAAAGAGGAGUUUGAGCACAGCAGCCUCGCCGUGGACGUGAUGAGGCCCAGGAGGUCGGACCCGGCGCUGGCUGUGCUCACACAGGAGGGCAUGACUGUAGGCGAGGUGGAGACGUUGGUGGAGAGCACGCACUACAGCGGCUUCCCCGUCGUCGUCUCUCAGGAGUCCCAGAGGCUCGUGGGAUUCGUGCUCAGGAGAGACCUGCUCAUAUCAAUAGACAACGCCCGGAAGCGUCAGGAAGGCGUCGUCAGCGCUUCCCAGGUGAUCUUCACCGAGCACACUCCGGCUCAGGCCCCCGACGCUCCGACGCCGCUCCGCCUCAGAGGCAUCAUGGACCUGAGCCCCUUCACGGUCACCGACCACACACCCAUGGACAUCACUGUGGACAUAUUCAGGAAACUGGGGCUACGCCAGUGUCUGGUCACACAUAACGGGCGGCUGCUGGGAAUCAUCACCAAGAAAGAUAUACUGAAACACAUGGCGCAGAUGGCCAACAGAGACCCCGACUCCAUCCUCUUCAACUGAACACCUCCUCUUCGCCCUCCACCCUUCCAUCCGUCCUCUGUAGACCAGGGGGAACGAGGCGACACCAGCUCGUACACUUGAACGAACGAAAAGCACCUUUUUACCUCGUCGACUGUCCAGAGAAAGACUUCGAGUAAGUUAAGCUCCAUUUGCACAGGCGGCUAGAGAAGAUGGAUGCUCUCCAGAAGAGAGUGCACCACACUUAGAAACAAUGCUUCAUCCUCACUGACUGGAAGAAGGUCGAGAAAUAAUUCAGCGGAAUGUUUCACAUAGAUUUCUUUUGGCUUCUUUCCAAAAAAAAAAGUGAGACAUUUUUGUACCUCCAAGGCCGUCCUGCUACACCUGCGAGGAGAAAAAAGCUUUUAGAAGGAGGCGAGAACAUAUAAUCCUCUGUUACAGAUACUGACAGGAGGAAAGGAGGAGAAAAUAAUGACACGGUGGUGGAGGGAGAUAAAAAAGACGUUUGGAGAGCUCCGUGCCUGCCCUCCGGCCCUCACAGCGAGCCCAGACAUGAGCACUCUGAGCUGGGCUGAUGGAUGCUCAGCCACCUUCUCCGCCCACCCUUCACCUCCUUCCUUCUGUGAGGUUUCCUGUAGCCUCGGGGGGUGUUAUACAGGAGUGUGAGAAGAGGAUCUAAUACACACACUUACACUCCAUAAAGACUUCGUGACAGCCUGGGAACUCUCCCGAAACGUCUCUUUCUGUCAUAUAGACUCUUGAGAUUUGUAAUAUCCAGCCUGGGAACUGUGCGGCGGCGUCUCGCCAUACGGGAUCCUCUGAACGGCAACAUGAACCGUCACAUUCACGUAAACGCAUCAGUGACAAUGCUGCAAAAAAAACCAUGUCACGCCUUACUGAAACGUUUAGGCUGCUGUUGAAGGGCUAAAAUAUACAAAAAAAAAGAGAAUCAUGACACAUAAAUUAAUUUAUGUAAAUGUAAAAUUGUUUGUCCCACUAAAUUAUUUCACUGAC